AGUUAUAUAUUUGAAUUUAGCUUUUGUUGAUUUAAUUUUGUGUUUUUUUUUCAGGUAUUUCUAAUGGAGAGAAGCUUCGAUUUCGGUGCAUUGAUGCAGAUUCAUGAGAAGAAACACAAAAGCAAACCCGUGCAGUUUGUAAGCGUAGUCGGCGGGGUACUGUGUCCAGUUAAAUUGUAAAAUCAUAUUGUAGAGACAUAAUCAUAGCUUGGUAGUCAUGCAUGCGAAUAACUUCGGUUUGCAGGUCAAGAAACGGUUGGAGACCAGCAUUAGGAAUAGAAGGACUACUCGGUUUUCUGUAUUUGACAAAAUAAGGAAUCUUCCAAGAUGUGAGAGCCCAGCUCCAAUACCUGAAGUUCAGAAAAAAGUGGAACACAGGAGAAUGCAGCUAGAAAAAUGGAAGGAAGAGAAAGAAAAGAAAAAGAAGGAGGCGUCUUUACAGAAGAAGAAACCAUUCAUAGCUGGAGUACCACACAAUCCAUUGAAAUUUGUUCCUCCUCCACCACCCAAACCUAUGCCUAGCACAUCAGGGAGAGUUACUCGAUCACAGUCCUCAAAGAAUAACUCGGUUAACAAUGUUAAGAAACCCAACAAGACUGAGGGGAAGUCAAAAAUGAUUGCCUCAUCGUUUGCACCAAAAAAUGCUGUUUUCCAUCCACCAGUACUGAAAAAUAUGGUUAACCUACCAACAUUAUCUGUUUCUAAGCAAAUAGAAAAAAAAGCAAUCACAAAUAUGGCUGAGAAAAAAAACAAAGAGUCCAAGAGUAAAAUCCUAAAAGACAAUUCAAAACAGAAUGAAUCCAGGGUACUUCGUAAUAGGCCUCAAUCAGACAAAGGCCAGGGUAAAACACAGGUUACUAAAAAUAAGAAAGCUGACGCUUGCAAAGAAUCUACCUCAUCUUCCUCAAGCAGUGUAGAAUCUAAUUACGAUGAGCCUAAUGCUUCAAAAUCUCUGAAAUCUAGGACUCCUAGAAAAUCCUUACAAAAUAAACAAAAUAUGGUCACCCCCAAAAAUGUGCCAAAGAGUGAAUCAAGCUCUGAAGAGAAAUUACGAUCUCCAAAACUAAUAGAAAUCCCGAUGACUCCAGAACAGAUUGCCGAAGAAGCUAAGAAAAUAAGUCCCUGUGUGACACUCUCACGGGGCAAGGAUAAUGCCAGGAGAGAGAUGAAGAAGAAGUUAGAGGAAGGUCUUUUGGACGAGGAUCUGUGUGAGAUGGACAGUGUAGAACAUUUCCGCCGGCAAUUGGACUCGGAAAUUGCUCGCAUGACAGAAAUGUGUGAAGCUUGGGAGAAGAUCUCACACCAGAUAGCACUACCGGAGACUGUGCAGGAAGCUGUGUUGUCCGCCGUGGGUCAGGCUCGACUGCUGAUGUCUCAGAAGUUGCAGCAGUUUGCAUCUCUAUUGUCCCGCUGUGAACACCCCACUCCCAACAGCGGGCUCGUCACACCCAGUGACCUUCACGGCUUCUGGGAUAUGGUGUUCAUGCAGAUAGAGAACGUUGAUAUGCGUUUCCGUAAGUUGGAAGAGUUGCGUUCUCGUGGCUGGAGUGAAGACCAGCCCCCGCCGCGGGUGACACGUCCAGUUCCGCGGCCCUCCCGCCCUCAACCAGCCGCCCGCCCCGCUCCAGCCGCUCGUCCCGGAAACAGCCGCCUCAAGGAUCUCAUAGCAGCGGCCCGUAAAGCCAAACAAGCCAAGUGCUCCGAGGAGGUAUCCACGGAGGAAAGUAAAACUAUAGACAUGGGCUUCUUCUGUAUUCAAUCUCCAGUGAAGUCACCCCUUCAGGUGACUCCGAGCAAACCCAGCUUGUUGAAGGCCGUGCUGUCUAAUGAAGCAGAGAAGUCUGCCAAUAGGAAGUCUGCAUCGUUUGCUAUGCUCCGAGCGUCGCUCAUAGGACGCCAGGUGGAAAGCGAAGGGUCCAGUGAUGAGGAGCAUAAUCUGAUAACGUUCACUCCGGUUGACCUCGGAGCUACUCCAGGUCGCAGUAUACUCAAAAACAAACCGUCCACCAAGAAGUCGGCCAAAAAAUCUAUCAAAGUCGUGCUCUUCAACGAGUCGGACACGGAGCUGCAGAACAAUUCAAUGAGCUCGGACAAAGCUCUCGAAGCAGAAGAUGUAGAGACACAGGAAGGCCAAAAACUUCAGACGGAACACAACACGGACAGCGGCAUCUCGUCGAUGGAUAUAGAAAACGACACCGAGAAGGAAAACAAGGGUAGGAGGAGGUCCAGACUCACCAGGCAGGACGCUACGGAGGAGAGGAGCCCCGUCAUGACCAGGAGCAGGAGGAAGAGCAUACUCACACCUGGCAAGGAAGCGGCCGCCAGGAAGAACAACACUCUCAAAGAAGCAAACCUUGAACAUAAUACGACAACGAGGAGGUCCACACGGAAGAGUAUUCAUGACGAUCAUUGAGGCUGUACAGUUUUGGGUGGUAGUCUUAAUAUAAAGAAUCCUAGUAAUAAUCUGUAUGUUACAUUUUAAUUGUCGAAUACUAAUUUUAUUUUUUUUUGGGAUUUUUGAUUUUAAACAUUUAGUUGAUCAUGUUUUUUUUAUGUUUCUAAAGAUGCCAUUUAAUUAAUUUUAAUGAAUGCCAUACUAACUGAAGUUGAAUAUUAUUUGAUGAUCAUACCCCUGAGUUCGUUCAUCAGCUACGGAUAUGGUUAAUUAUGAAGUGAACACUUGACUGUAAUUUUAUUGUUAUAUUUUGAAUGUGACUAAAAAUAUUUUAUAGUAUAUAUUAGUAUUCU